GAGACUGUCGAAUUGCAUAUACUAUUACCAACAACAGUAUGCCAUAACAUAUAACCCACUGGGGACUAUAGAAUAGACGACGGACAUAUGGAACAGGCUGGCGGUAGUGCGGAUAGAGGCAUACCAAGCUCGAGUGAGAACUAUAUGGGGAGAGAAGAAGGGGCGGAGGAGAGUGAGCAUAGCACGCAGUUGAACCCUGCCCCGUCAGCGUCUCGCAAACCGUUUGGGAAGAACGCUCCCUUGACAACCAUAGUGGGCGGUACAAGGAGAAAGAAGUCGGCAAAGCGCCGCAGACCGCACCUACACGCACAUGCAUACGCAUACGUGCCUACAAGCUCACACACACAAGUACAAGCACAGGCACAAGCACAGGACCAACCCCAUGAACAAGUUGAAAGGCAGGGCUCGAACCUGAAUCUAGUAUGGCACUCGCACUCGCACUCACCGAGUGGUGGCAGUAAGAAGGCAGGUCAAGCAGGUGCUAUAAGUGCUGUAAGUUGUUAUGGCGACCGGGGUGACCACGGCAGUCAUGCCAAGAACAGUAGAGGUGCUCAUGGGGACAUAGCCUAUGCGGGUGAUCGACGAGAGGAGAAGCGCAUGAGGUGUACAGCUGCCAAGGUGAGGGAAAACAAUUCAGACAAUACAGGGCGAUCAGAGGUGUAUCGGGAUGGGGGCCGGAUUAGUGUGGUACAUAGUCCCUCUGACAGGGCUAUAAAUGAAGACUUGGGUGGUGAUAGUGGCAGAUUUGCACGAAGGAAAAGUACCGAGAAUGAAUACGAUGCGAACGAACGCAAGUAUACUGACAGGAAGGCUGAGCGCGAUUUACUCGAACACAUGUUCGACACGAGUAGGUGGGAUGUGCAGCAGCGCUUUGCUGAAGAGAUAGUUGAACGGCAGGAAGACCGUGCACUCCGGAAUAGAGCUGUGGAACUUGAUUACGAGCUGAGACUGAGGGAGAUAGUCGUGCGCGAGAGAGAAGCGGAUAAUUUAGAGGCGAUGAGGGCGAGUAUGGAUCGGUUCAGUGAGAGAUUGACAGCUAUUGAGAGGCGGUUAGAGGUCGAGGCCAAGAAGAAUGGUGUAUAGGUACAGGAUUACUAGGUAGGCGUGUGAGUUAGGGGAGUAUGGUGUUAUAUAUUCGCACUUCUGCACACGAGGGGUUGUAAGGUUAGGGUUGUUACGCGAUCAAUACGGUGCUUGUGUGUGGUGGCAAUCUGGAAGCAAAGAAGUAUGAAUACAUGCACACACUCCGUGCACACUCGCUUGAAAGCUCAAAUUCUCUUGUGACAGAGUCAUCGAAUUGCCAAGUGCGAUUGAACAACUCGCUUAGUUUCCUACAUAUGACAGUAGACAUGUGGCAGUAGACAGAUACCGCUCAAUGGGAGGCGUCUCAACUGCAUACGAAUCUGUUCGAUGUGCUUCGCUAUUCGAAUAUCGAACAUGUAGUCAUAUUGCUGGCUUUUGGGUUAGUAACACUCCCCCUCCCGCCCUGCGACCACGCGCCUCUCAUCACACGACUAAGUAACAGGAUUAGCUAUUUUCGUUAGAAUAAUCCUCAAAAUGGACAAUGUUUACUGACGAACUUGCAGGUGCAGGCGAGUGCCGCACAGUGAAAACUUACCAUCGUAUGGGUCUUUUAGAUUGAAAGAUGUUCGCUAUACUGUUCUGUCCAGUUAGACGGUAUGGGUUAAUGUUUAUAACCACAUGCUCGUAAAUCAAACCUUUAUUCGGAUACAUACGAGUGGCGGAGUGUCUAAAUGAAACCCAAUCGUAAGUGGUGGCAGCUUGAACGCCAAAUGAUAUCAAACGCUAGGAAGCAUAAAUCGGAUGCCCUUGGCUGCUAUAUACUACAAUUCUACAACGCUGUGCGUGCGUGCGAGAUAUUUUUGCUUUAAGUGGUAUUAGUAGGGG